AGGAGGAGGGGGAACAGUGGACCUGAACGCAGCCUGCCAACCUGCUGCACCAGCUUCUUCUUUGUAAACAACACUCAAUGAUGUGAAUUACAAGUUUUCCUUUUUAGCCACUGUUAUUUCACUCAUUAUGGCGCAGCCGGCAGAGAAAGGUAUGUCUGAAUAAGUUUUCUCUUAGAAAAGUUCUAACCGAAUUGUGUAUAGUCAUAUAGCUGACUGGUAGCGUUUCCACACUCUUCACUGAAAAACUGGGCCACUGAACGACCAACUCAGCAUUUCAGGCUACAAGUGUCCUACACAGAGCUCAUGUGAUGAAUUGGGAAGUUGCCAAAACGCUUAGGUCAUCAGUAAUUGUUCACUAUUUCAUUAACUGUCUAAAACAUGUAAAAGCAGAUAUACGCUUUACCUCACAGGCUACAAACAAUUGGCUAACUCCUCACUCUAUUUACGGCUACUUUGUUUUCCAAGUGAGGAGCACACAAAGUCCCUCUAUUGGUUUGUGUAAAAGUACACGCCUUAAACCAGAAAAGAAGACGACAGGUUUUGAUAAAGCCACGCUAAACCUAAAGAUGUUUUUGUCUUGGGGCGAACAAUAAGGAGAAUAACUCUGCUAAGCUUUGCAUUUUUCUCCACCAAAUGUAUGCGAAAAUUUUUACGUAAUUUUCACAAUUUUAUUAACAUGUAUGAAUUCAAUGAUUUCUGAUGCGUGACAGUCAUGGUGUGUAUAAUAAAAUACUACAACGCCACCACUGUACCGAUUGUUUAUCUAAUGCAGUCACAGUUAGGACUACUUAAACCAAGUUUUACCACUGACACCUGAAUGCAUCACUAAUUACAUUUCAGGGAUGUAAUAGGUCAUCCUGAAAUACGCAAUACUGCAUAUAUCUAGGGCUGGGCAAUAAAAGAAAACGUUUUUCAUGAUAAGUUUUUUCAUAUCAGUCGAUAUCAGUAUAUAUCACAAUCAAAACUGAAAUACAGCAGUGCUUAUUGGUAGUGUGUCUUUUUCAAUACAAUAAGCUACUGCAUCUGUGAGGUCUUUGUGUCUCUUUGGCUGUGUCCGAAAUCGAUCUCUAACCCCUAUAUAGGUGACUACAUGGGGGUUAAUGCCAUUUUGAGGGGUGUCCAAAACCUCAGUGAUCAAUUCCAGUGCCCUUUAUAGGCGACUCAAAAUUUCCCAUAAAGCAUUGCAAAAUGUAGUGACCAUCCGAUGGUCACUCACCGGCGGUGGGCAUCCUGUAAUGCAUUGCGUCAUGCCAUGUAGUGUCCAAAACCUCCGGUGACUGAGUUUACUACAUAGUCAACUAUAUAGUAAAAUCCCAUAUGGGGGUUAGAGGUUAGGAAUUAAGUGAUUCAUUUCAGACACAGCCUUUGACAUUUUGUUGUAAGGCGUUGUGGGAGAGAAAAGGAAAGGGUCGGCUGUUUCGGUUGUUUCGGCUGCACAGGUGCCAUAGGCUCCUUGCUCGGGGUUUGUAACCUUGUGCAUUGAGUGUGCGCUGCUGUGUGGCACUGCUUCAGGUGGUGAAAAAGAUUUGAGUUAUUCCCUGACUUUGCAAGAACAUGUACUCGGCAUAAAUUGCAGUGCACAUUACUCUGCUUCAUGUUCGAACUAAAAAAAAACAAAGUACCUUCACACCACCACCGUUUUUGUGCCAGUGUUGUUGACGAUGUUGUCAUCUGUUGAGCUUUCAUCUGCAUUUCUGCCGGGGGUAGCACUCAUUUUCUUUUUUUUCCACUGACAGUGCUGUCAGCUUCACGUGUUUAAGUGCUAUGGUUGCGUGUAGCUGCAGCCUGCUACUACGCAGUUGUUUGCUACUUCCUUCUAAUUCAGCACAUGAUUGGUUCAGCAUGAAGCGGACCUGGAGCAACUCCCCUUGCAUUGGCUAUUCAUAUAGUCUACCAAAACAUGGCAGAAUGCUGACUAUUGAAAAGCAUAUUGACCAUGUUUUAUAUUGAUAUAAUGGGAAAUUAAUUUUUGAUAUGUAUUGUUAUUGUUUUAUCACCCAGCCCUACAUUUAUCCUUCUUCUUUUACCCCCAAUUUGGUAUUUAAAGGCGGGGCUCACACUUGUGAUGUGUUUCCACUCUGCAGUAAUGCUUCUUAAUGGGGCCAAUGAUAAACAGGAAAAUACGGGGUGAUAGAUAUUCUAUCAGAUCAUGCGGUCAUUUAACCUUGUGCAUUGAGUGGUGCAUAAAGUACAUAUCACACUGCUUCCAUCAUAUGUCAAAUGUUGAAAUUGGUUGACACAGACUCUCAUUAUUAUGUGUCAAUAAAGAAACAACCAGGAAAAACUAAUGAGCCAUCCUGUAUUUUCUGUCACAGCAUAUUAUCGCUUUGUGGUGCUGUUCUUCAACUGCCUGCUGACAUUCGGCUCCUACUUCUGCUUUGACAUCCCCAGUGUUUUGCAGGAUCAGUUCCAAGGGGUGAGUAACAGAUUUAAGGUCAAAGGAGCAUUACAGGGAUUUCAUCACUCAAACCAACAUGUGGUUUAAAGUCAAGAAUCCAAAGUCUACCCUCCUAAGACUCGUAUAUACUCUAAUAACUCAAAUCUUUGCCUUCCUCUCAUCUGACAGAACCUAACAUGUCCCAACACUACAGUGAUCAAUGGGACAGUGGACUGUGUGGAGGGAUUGGGGAUGAGUCCUCAGCAGUAUAAUCUUCUUUAUGCCAUUUAUGCCUGGACGUAUGUACACAAACACACACACACGUUGAGACACAUACAUCAACUCUAAUUUAACACUCUGAUCUGAAAACAGCUUCAGUUUGUAUUAUACUUUUUCCCAUCAGGAAUGCAGUAGUUGUUGUCCUUGCUGGUUUCCUGAUUGACAAAUUAGGAAAUCGCUGUGAGUAAACACAAAUCUUAUCUGUGCGUUCGUUAAACCAACAACAACAACAACAAUAAUAUGUAAUGUCACUCCUGGUGAAUUGAUUCUUCUUUCUUUUGCAGUUGGAGUGUUUCUCUUCUCUUUUCUGUGUGUUUUGGGCUCCUCACUCUUCGCACUGGGCUCCCACUUUAAAGGAACCCCCUACCUGCUGCCGCUCAUGCUCACGGGCCGACUGCUGUUUGGAUCAGGCAAUGGAUCUCUGACCAGUAAGACCCCUUUAUAAGAGACAGUCUGUCUCACAUUGGACUCAGAAGAAGUUUACCAAGCUGUUUUCUCUUAUCUGCUCUUUCAUCAGUUGUUCAGAACCGUAUCACAGCCUUUUGGUUCAAGGGGAAGGAGCUGGCCUUGGCGUUUGGUGUGACCCUGGCCUUCUCUCGUUUGGGGUCGGUCCUGAACUUCUUCUUUACGCAGAAGUUUGAGGAAAGGUUUGGCAUGCAGUGGACACUCUGGGGUGGUAUGUAACAAGGAGAUUGAAAGGUCAAAGUGCAAAGAAUCGUUGAAAGAUAAACUGUUUUAGAAAAGUUAGUGUUUAGUCCAAAUGGAGCCAAUAUUCCUUAUUUUUAGGUGCAAUUUUGUGCGUGCUGGGCUUCUCAUCUGCCAUCAUUGUCAGUACACUGGACAAGAUCGGAAUGAAACAGCUUGGUCUGGAUGGCGCCAUCCAAGAGGAGUCCCGCAAAGUGGUAUAAACAACAUCUUACUUUUAUAAUGCAUAUUUAGAUAUCCAUUAACUUCCCUUUCUUGUAGUGGAUACCCUAGAUCAGCGGUUCUCAAGUCCAGUCCUCGAGGCCCACUGUCCUGCAUGUUUUGGAUGUUUCCCUGCUCCAACACACCUGAUUCAAAUGAUCAGCUCAUUAUUAAGCCAUUACAGAGCUUGAUAACGAGCUGAUAAUUUGAAUCAGGUGUGUUGGAGCAGGGAAACAUCCAAAACAUGCAGGACAGUGGGCCUUUAGGACUGUACUUGAGAACCACUGCCCUAGAUUGAUUGUUUGAUUGUCCUUGUUUGUUUGCUUGUAGAGGGUUCAGGAUGUAAAACUCCUGUCGCUGAGAUACUGGCUGCUUGUUCUCACCAUCAUGUUCUUCUACAACGGCAUCUUCCCCUUCAUUGCAGACGCCAGGUAGAGCCAGAAACUUAAAUUCUCUAAGGUUUUAAGGUGGUUAGACAGUGUGUGAGGUUCUUUAUAGGAUUAGAAUGAUGUAAGGUAAAGUGUUUAGUGUGUUUACAUAUUAAAAAAGCAACUCUAUAAAUUUCAACUUCAGCAAAGUCAGUGCACCACAACCACAAAAGGAUUUUGCAUAAAGAAGAUAUAAAAAAUGUGCAUUUAUGUUUUGGAGGCUAGAUCUUUUGCACAUUAUAGUGAAAAAAUAAAUAAAGCAUCUGCAGCAAGAGUCCUCACAUUCCCCAAGAAUGUGCAGCACAUCUGUGUCUAAAUCACAGCUUGUGCUCUCAGUAAAUCUAAAUAUAGAUUUAAAAAGAAAUCCUAUUUCUUGCCUGCACAGCAGUACAUGGUGCUGGGCCUUAAUAAAUAUCCGAUUCACUUGUAAACACUGAAUCAUCUUUCCUGGGACAGAUUUUAUCAGGGAUAAAAACCCAGCAGAUGCUCAACACUUGCCAAACUCUGCUUUUUUAAAAACAUUAUUACCCACUACAGCUUUUAUGUUCAGUACAUAAAGAACCAGUUUUUUUUCUUUAACAUGUAUUUAUCAUUCACAUUUUUCCAUAUUAAAUUGCAUUGGAUUUUAUUGUGAUUGAAAAGCAUUGUAUCUACAAAACCGACUGUAAAGCCAUCGUUUCAUACAUUGUAUGAUUCAGUCAUCAUACACACCAAAAGAGUGACUCUGUGUAAACAUCCUGCUGUAUAUUCCCUCUCCAGUAAAUUCAUUCAGGAUAAGUACAGUGGCUACAGUCAGAAGGAGGCAGCCUACAUUGCUGGGGCAGUUUACGACUGCUCACUGCUCCUCUCAGCCAGCGUGGGCAUUCUCAUAGUAAGCACCUGUGUGUAUUUUUACCCGUUCAACAGUCAGUAGUCUUAAUGACGAGUAAUUAUUGCACACAACAUUGCCAUAUAUACAUUGUACACAUAUCAUAUUGUUAAUUCUUGCACUGUUUGUUAGUAAAGGCUGUGUUUUAAAUGUGUAUUCCAAGGAUUUAAAUAGAAACGAUGAUGAUCCUCUUUCAUUUUUCAGGAUUAUGUGGGCCUGAGGGGAAUUUUUGCAGUGGCCUGUGCUGUCCUGACACUGCCUGUGUUUGGACUCCUUGCUUUCACCUUUGUUCCUCCUCUUGUUUCCACUAUAUGGCUUGGAAUCACCUACUCUUUUGCUGCUGUAAGUUUACUCCCAAGGAAAACUACAUGUUCCUUUUUUAUAUUUUAUAUUUAUAAUAUCUAUAUCUAUAUCUAUAUAUUCGAAACCCUGUUUGGGAAGGGCUCGUAACUGAAAUCUCAUUCCUCUGUGUUGUAUUCCAGGCAAGCAUGUGGCCGUCUAUCCCUCUUGUGGUUCCUCAGGCGACUCUGGGAACUGCCAUGGGUCUGGCCACCUCCGUUCAGAUGAUUGGGAUUGGAGUGUCCAAUUUAGUUGUUGGUCAGAUUUUAGGCACCAAAUCCAGGUAGGAAGUUCUGACUGUAUAUGAUGGACAACAUUUCUCCACCACCUUCCAUAGUACAAAAGUGAAUCCAAAAUACCUGCUGUAACAAGUGCUGACUGAUGCUGGUAGAGCUUCUUGAAGCUAGAGUCAGCGAAGUGCAAAAAACAGCUGAUGGAGCCAUAGUACUGAUGACGCAAACCAAAGCACAUAUUAAACUUGUCAGUAAAAUAGUUAAGUUCCCCUUGGCACAAUCUAAAAGUAAACAGACAUACUUGUGUGAGUUUGAAAUGGACACUCAUGGUUAUUGAACAUUUUAUAAAUCUCUCUGCCAAUCAGGGGAAAACACAGCCCCAAGAGUCACAUCUGAUUAAAGAUCUGGCAGUCAUGGUGGUAUACUCUUUUGUAUAGUAUCAAAUAAUUAAUAAAAACUUAACUUCUAGCCAAUAGAACCACAUCAUCUGCAAAAAGUCAAAAAUCUUUUGGGGUUAGAGCUAGCACCUCCAAGUCCAGGGCCAUGAUUCUGUGCUGGAAAAUUGUCGAUUACACUCUCACUGAGGAGUGAGUCUUAGCCCCAAGUGAAGGAGUUCAAAUACCUUGGUGUCUUGUUCAUGAGAGAGGGCAAGAUUGAUCGGGAGAUUGGCAGGCAGUUUGAUGCUUCAUCAGCAGCACUGCAGGGAACUAAGCCAGAGGUCAAAGUUUUCAAUUUGCCAAUCGAUCUUCAUUCAAACAUUUUGUGAUCUUGAGCUAUGGGUAGUGACUGAAAGAAUGAGAUUGCAGAAAAAAGCACUUACCUUUAUGGGGUUUCUGGACUCAGCCUUAUAGAAGGUUUCAAGAAUUUGCAUCCACAUGAGAGCUCAGAGCAGAGCCAAUGAUCCUUUGUAUCAAAAUAAGUACAUUGAGGUGGUUGCGACUUGCUCAGACUAAUGCCUCAGCUUCCCAAACUCGGAUAUGUUAAAGAAAACAGAUAUAUUAUUUGAUGUGCAUUUUAAUUUAAAGGUUAACCCAUGUUCCAUCUGUAAACCUGGAGGAGGUGGGCUUUAUGAUCUAUAAUGCAGCCAGCCAGUGGGGGGAGCUCUGAAUGUUUUGGCCUCAUUGUAGGAGUUAAAUUGUCUGUCUUUUCAUAAACCCUGGUAGAAAGUUGUCAACAUCAAAAUCAAGCUGCUGUUCAUCAACAGUGCACAUUGUUUGUUGGAUUCACUUCCUUUCUCUUUUCUCUGCCUCCUUUCCACAGUGAGACCAAAAUUCCAUUAUGGCGUUGGCAGAGGAUGAUGAUCUUCAUGUUAGCCAAUACCAUCUGCUGCAUUGUCACCUCAGUGAUGCUCAAUGUUGUUGAUCAAGGACAGGUUAGACAUUUCAUACACCGCUUGCUUAUUUGCAGCUUUAACUAUGUGUGUAUUUGUUGUCGACUGAUAUUUGGAAAGCAUAUGCAUAAGAUUUGUAUUUUUCCUACAGGGCGGGACCCUGAACAAGACAACCAAGAGGUCAGAGUCCACAGAGAGAGACUCAGACAGGGAGCCGCUCAAUCAGGGAGAGGAAGAGGAAGAUGAGGAGGGGGAGGAAGAGGGGGUCGGAUCCCAUUCUAUUAACUCCUAAAACCCCCUCAAAUUCAAACAUCUGUUUCUGUUUUAUAUAUUUUUAUCUGUCCAAGUUUUAAAUGGAUCCUUGUUUUUACUGAAUACCUCACCUGAUCAUAAUUUGUGGUUACUACAAUGGACAUUUCAGCAGUUAAUUGAAACAUAAUCAAUCCCAGUUAAACAGAAAUUAUGACCAAAUAGUAUUACAACAUUGUAUUCAACGUGAACCACAUAUUUUAAGAAUAUGAGAAAUACUGUCAAAAAAAGAAAUUAUAUUCCAUCAAAAAAUUGACUUUUUUUAUCCUGUGUGAGAGCUGACAUGUUUUAUAUCAGCCCUGUUACAAGUCAGGUAUACAUUUUACUGCCAUAACAGACUGAGGAGUAUUGGCAACAAAAAAGAAAAAAGACUUUUAGUCAUUUAAAAGAUGUAUGUUAGAAAUAUGUCAGGUCUGUUUAUGUGUAAUUAUUGCUUCAUGGUUACUAACACAGACGUGAAAUGUUUUUAUCUUUUAAUUGUGUGAUUCAUGUCUAUGGACUUUGAAAAGGGAUUUUGAACUAUUUUACAUGUUAAAUCAGCAGAAAAUUAAAAGCUGUUUACCUGUUUUGACAGGUAGAUAUUUUGAGUGUC